AUGGCGACUCUCUUCUCAGCCCGUAGAAAGCCUAAGCGCAUAGCCCGCGACGAUCCAGAGCCGGAGCCUGCUGAUGGAGAACAAGACCAAGACACUGGACCAGUGGUACGACGACCUACAAGCAAUGCGCCCAAAACAAAAUCCAAACUGCGUGUAUCCUUCAAUCCCGGGGAUGGCGAAGGAGAUGUGGAUGUAGGUGGAGGGCAGAAUAGAUCUCAACCCUCUCAUACCAGUACCAGCGGCGAAGCCAUAGCGAAAGACCCCUCGACACUAUCGUCAAGAACAUCAAGGCUGGGCCUCUCCAGCGCAGCCCAAAAGUUACAAAACCGAGGAUCAGGAUUGGGUAAUCGAGACACCACCACCGGAUCAAUAGACGACGAGGCACAAAACCACGACAGACCUACAUACAGCAAAGCGUAUCUAGACGAACUGCGAAACUCGACACCAUCCACCCCGCGCGAUCUAUCUUCAAGAAACAGCCCAGGACUGGAUCUAGUGGAGACAUCAAACGGUGCAUCCGACCCAAGCAACCAAGACCUCGACCUUGCCAGCAAAUUCGGCAUCUCAGCCCUCUCAUCCUCAAAAGGAUCAUCACGCAUCCCCACCGCGACCGAGAUCCGUGAGAAAAAGGAACGCCGCGCACGGCUCGCGCAGGAAGAACUCGCCAACGCCAGCGCCAAAUCCACCUCCAGACAUAACAACCAAGAAGAAGACUUCAUCCCGCUGGAAGCGUACGACUCCGACGGCGAAUUCAAGCCGCGCGCGCUGCAAGUCGGGUCCUACCUAGCCCCAUCGGGCCCAGAGAAAGACACACGUCUGGUCCGCGACGACGAAGACAUAGCCGAAGGUUUCGAGUCGUUCGUCGAAGACUCCGGACGCGUCACACUGUCCAAGAAAGCCCUCAAGGCACAAUCGAGACUCGAUCGCGAGGCAGUGCGCAGCCUGAUCAACGAAGCCGAAGGCGCAGGCUCCAACAACGACGGCUCCGACGAUUCCGACGCCGGCGGCGGUGGCUCCAACGGCUCAGACAGCGACUAUGCCCGGCACCAAGCGUACGAGACGGCGCAGACGCAUCGGGGCAUGGACGGGCUGUCGGCACACCACGCACACACGCGGAUAGCGUCGCGGCCGCGCCAGCCGCGCGAGACGACGGCGAUCCCGAAGCUGAGCGUCGGACUGGCGGGUCUGCGCGACCUCGCGGCGAAGCUGGAGUACGAGCGUGCGCGUAUCGAGAAGCGCCGCGCGGACAUACGGCGUGAGAGAGCGGAGAUUGUGGAGAGCCAGGCGCAUAUACAGACGAGUCUAGAGGAGGCGGGCAGUGAGUUGGAGCGCAUUACUCUGUUGCAUCGGCAGACACAGCAGCAGCAGCAGCAGCAGCAAGAGGGGAACGAGGGGCUGUUAAAUGGAGGAGACGUAGGUUCGAACCAGAAUAUGUCGGUAGCGAGAGGGGGGAAUGGACUAAGCAAUGGCCUCGGGGGGCAGAAUGCGGCCCAGCAGAGAGGAUUAGAGUCGUUUGGUAACACGAUCGGGCAUCCUACAUAG